AUGUCUGGUGAUAUUGUCUCCGAGGGCGUCGUCGCCCAGAACGGGGGCGGAGGCACCCUGUUCAAGGAUUUGAAGUUCUGGGUUGGAUACAAAGUCCCCCAUCGCACUACCUGUAUUCAGAAUAUCGAGGCCAAUGGAGGCAAGGUCGUUCCACUAGAGAAGAAUGCCGACUACCUCAUCUCCAACCCGACCAAGAAGUUUGCACCACCUGGGUCUUACUCAUUUCAACUCAUCAAAGAUGCCCUCGAGGAAGGUUCCCUCGCGAGGAAAGAUGACUACUUGUGCACAUCACCCGCCGCUCCGCCAGGCGCUUCAUCUGCUGCUAGGAGCGCUUCGGCUACGGCUAAGGGGCCGAAGAUGACCAGAAACAAAUUCACGCCUGAAGAUGACAAGAUAUUGACGCAGUAUGUCAUUCAAAAGGAGCGCGAGGGUGUGAGCACAGCUGGACUCGCCAUUUACCAAGACUUUGAAGCCCAGCAUCCGCAUCAUACCCAUCAGUCAUGGCGAGAUCGCUGGGUUAAAAGGCUAAAGUUUCUUCCACGUCCUGCAUCUGCCGAUGGGGAGCCGUCCCCAGCACGGCCCACGCAACCCGGCCAACCCACAUCACUUCCCCCUUCACCUCCUGCUUGGCAGCUGCCAGCAGCUCCUGCUAGGCCUUCGUCCACCCAGAGUCCUGGCUCGGCUCGGACUAGGGCCGGGUAUACCCAAGAGGAGGACAAUGUGUUGAUAGCACAUGUGAGGGAGUGUAUCCGGCAACGCAAGCCGAUAUCGGGCAACAAGGUCUACAUAGACCUUGCUGGUGAUUUCCCACAUCACUCCUGGCAGUCUUGGAGGGAUCGUUGGCUGAAGCAUGUAUGCCCAGCACAUAAGAGCCAGGUCGAGCAGUGGAAAGACCAGGCUCAAAAUGGUCUGCUAUUGAGUGACUAUGUGAGCCCCAGCAAGCCGACGAUCAAGCAGCCUAAACCCAAUAUAGACAAGGAGCGGGCGUCGCAGACAAGAAAACCCGAGAAGCUGGCUGAGGUCGACAGGCCGCAACAAGAUGCGACGCCCGUGCCACGGCCGGUCACUGCAACACCUCACCCCAGAGCUGCGACGAAUCCAGAUAGGAAUGAAACCCAGUCUGAGAUGCCGGACCCCCAUCAACCACCGCAAAGCUCGGCCGAGGAGAACCUGGAGCCUCGUGAUGAACCUGAACCUGAGCCUGAGACGGAUCAUGUAGGCCGGGAUAACGGCCACGCGCCUACUUCACAUUCGUCUCCAGCUAUUCCUGAGUCUGAAACCUCUUACGCCAGUCAGACUUGGUACUCUAAUGAGAAUCAGUUCUACAGGGACUAUAGGCUCUACUUGGAAAACGCAGACGUCCACGUCACACCAUGGCCAAGUAUCAGGGGCCGGGUUGUCGAGCUUUGGGACCUUUGGCGGGCGGUCCAGUCCACGAAAAUGCUUCCCGAAGAACGUGAUUGGCAGCAAAUCGCGGAAAAUCUAGGUUUCAAUUGGAUCGAAUGGGAAACAGUCCCCGACGAACUUCGACAAUGCUACCAGGAUAAUCUGGCAGGCUUCGAGAACACUUUGCUAGAUUUCGAGGAUACGGACAACGAAGAAGAAGGUCAAGAUGACGAUGAUGCCCCUGCAGCCACCGAAGAGCCUUUGCCAUCAUCCCCGCCUAUACCUUCGUUGAAACGGUCCUUCGGUGCAGCCAACAACUUCUCGGAUCAUUCCUACCCUCAGUCCCCCCAUAAGCGCAGGAGGUUGGAUCGUAACGGCGAGGUGCCGUCAACUCCCGACGAAAAGAACGGGACUUCUCCUUUACGCCCCUACUCUGAUCUUGAGACGACACCUACUGCGAAACGCUCGACUGUGGCCCUCUACCCUGAUCUUGAGACAACACCUACUGCGAACCGUUCGUUUGUGGCUACUGGCAGUAUGUCCCAUUUUCGAGAACCGCACCAGCCAAACGCUGGUGUUCAGGACGACGAUGAUGAGACACGCGACGAACUUCAGGAGCUACCAGCCAUGCCUCGUACCCGGAAGCGUAUCGUUGAACCAGAGACGCAGGAUUUCGGUUUUGAUCCUGAAACCCAGAGAUUCGCCUUCGAUGAGGCAGAAGAAGAGUCUCAGAUGAACAUAACGCCAUCUCAGCAGCUCCAGCAAGAGUCUGAUGCGAGGUCCUCGGAGAUUCCGGACGACUUUGAACCCCCGCAUACCGGAACGAAGUCGCAGCGCGUUGCACGCAAUCCAUUCCUGCGAGACGAGUCCGGCGAGGAAUCAGAGGGUGUUGUCAGGCCCAGAAAUAGCGGCCCCCCUUCAGCGAGUUUGAAAGCAGCACAGCCGAUUCGCCGCUCUCUUCCGAAAACCUGGGUCCGCAAAGCUUCCCAGACAAAAGCAUUAUCUAAGACGCCUGCGCCUCAGCCCAAGCCUCAGGCUUCCCCCCAGAGGAGCCCGGAACCCGGUCCUAGCAGAGCACCUACCCCUAUUAAAGAUAAAGCAGAUGAAAUCAUCGACCGCUUUCUCUCGCUUGGGUAUCCCAAUGAUAUCGUCGUUCGCGCAUUGAAGGCAACGACAUGGCAUAUAGGCAAUGCAGGCCACGUCAUGGAGAUACUCAAGCGUGGGGAGGGUCUUCCACAGCGGACAUCUGGUGUUUGGACGCAGCGCGACGAUGAGUCGCUUUUGUUGGUGGACUCUAAGAAUCCACCCAAGGCUGUGAAGGAGGAGAAGAAGCGCGCGAAGGAGCUCAAGCGUCUUCAAGCUAAACACGGCCCUGAGAUGAUGGCAAAGCGAAGACUAUACUUGACUGGCUAG